GAGGAACACUGGAAUGAAGACGGUACAGCAGCAUAGAAAAGAGAAGACAGAAGGGCAAUUGGAAAUUUGAUAACUAGGUUUCAUCCCUCCGCCACCGUUACUCGCCACCACCCACCGUUACUCGCCGCCCCCUCUUACUGCUUCUGCUAAUACAGAAACUAUGAAGCGGAAGAAAACAAGAAUAACUGAUUUGCACUCUGAUGUGUUGAAACAUAUCAUGGUUUUUGUAGCUGCAUCACUUGAUGGGGCAGCCAAUCUUGCAAGGGCAAAAACCGUCUGCAAAUAUUUUAAGGAGCUUGCUGAGGAUACUGACAUCUUGAAAGCUGUGGAAUUUGAUAAUGUGAGACCAUCUAGAAUUAAUCGAUCAUUCUGGCAGAGUAAUGGUUUGUUAGUCAGAUGUGCAUGUGCUAACAAUCUGAAUGCUUGUCUGAUGCUAUUUGAGUAUGUCAACAGCUUGAGUAGAUCUCUAAGGACGAAAAUCAACUUUAUUGACUCAGCAAUAAGGGAUGCCAUGGAGAGACUCAGGCACACAUGUACAAGAGCAAGGAUGAAGGCUAUUAGAUCAAGCGCGGAGGAGAUAAUGUUGCUUUAUAACGCUACUAUGGUGGAAAGGGCAGAGAUGAAUGAGCUGGUGGACGCAUACAUACCACCCGGUUCCGAGGAUUGUUAACUCUAGACAAGGCAGGUAGCAACAUCUUUUGAGGUUCAUCUGGCUGAGCAUUUUUGCAACAUGUUCCCAUUUUUGUUUUGUUUUCUAUUUUUGUGGGGAAAUGCAUCUCUCUGAAAUCACAAGGUUAUAGCUAACUUGCUGCGAUGUAUAUAAUUACAAACUCCAUUUCCAUCUGGACUCGAACAUGAAUGUCAUCCGGAAGGUUUGUGCAAUUUGUUCAUAAACGAAAUAUGCAAUAACUGUAACAUGGAUUAUGAUUUAAAGAUACAAGAUCUGUUUUGUUUUUCUAA